GAGAGAGAGAGAGAGAGAGAGAGAGAGAGAGAGAGAGAGAGAGAGAGAGAGAACUGGCAUGCCAGGUCAUUUCCUUGUCAAACUCAUUUGACAAAGCAGAGAAUUUCAGGUCUGAAUCAAGAUACAAGAAGAAAAAAGGAGAAUGAAGACAUUUGCAUGUGAUGAAUCAAUGAUCAUCACCAUUCCCAUUGGGAGUCUAAAGGACGCUCGAGAGGGUCAACUGAUGCCGGAGAAAUUUCAAUGUGUGUACAAAGAUUUCUACAAGGUCUUUGUCAUUAAAGGAAAACCUAAACCUCUUGGAGCAGCCCAAGCCAUCGCUGGUGUGUUCAUCAUCACUCUCGGUCUUAUUUUCGACACCAGGUUAAUUUUCUUGACUCUACCCAGUAUUCUGUUUGUGGUCUCUGGUAUGCUGUCCUACACUGCUGGAAAAUGUCCAAACAUGCACAUGACAAAGCUGUCAUUCUCUCUGAACAUCAUCAGCUUCUUCUGGACAGUUGUAGGAAUUUGUAUCUUUGCAAUCAGGUUUCAUGUGCCAUUGAACAAUCACAAGGUCGAUCAAGGAAUGGUGGGACUGAUUAUGACUCUGCUGGUUGUUGAAAACUUAAUAGCCCUUUACUUGAUCUACUGGUUGAGUAAAGCUGUAUGCAGACAACAUUUUAACACUUUGCCCAUCAUACUGCUGAAACAGGGAAACUGAAUGGCUGAAAGGCUUGAUGGAGCUCAACAAACCAGCAACCACCCACCUAUUUACAUGGUACCAAUAGGCUAUGUCAUACCCAUCAACAUACAACAUACAAAGAAUGUUAAAUUUACUAUUGUUUUCAUUCCAGAAGUAGUACGAAAAGCGGAUUUCAUGUUAGUAGGCCACUUCUUGCAUACAGAUGAUCUAUUAUUUUUGUUUGUGUACAUCUACCUGUUUAUAUUGCUUUGUUUAAUAAUUGUAUAACAGUAGGCCAUGAAUAAAAAAUAAGUAUUGGUGUUUCUGCACAGACUUACCUUUGACUUCUAAGUCCUGGAGAACGUUACCAUUUUGAUGAAUGUUGUAUUUAAGUUUAGAUCAUAUUUUAAAACUUCUUGUAUCUUUUUUACCGGUGGUAUAUCAUUCAAACUGUCCCUUUUAACGUUGUAAAAGUAUGAAAGCUGAUGCAGGUGAUGGUUUAGUGGUGCUUGACUACCGUGCUGCAUUUUGAUACUGUAUAACAUCAAACAAUUAGUCACGUCAUGACCUGCUUCAUUUUGAAAAUGUUAGAACCUUGUUCUGUCAUUUUUAUUUUCCUCAGGAACAUUGCAAAUACUUUGAAUUGUCUUAAAAUUUUAAAAGGACACUGAAUUGAUUUUUAAAUAUCACAUUGACAACUGCAAUGUGUCUCUGAUCUAGAAUUUAUUUCUACUGAUUGUAAUUAAGAUGUUUGCACGUCAGGGCCCCUUCUAUGAACUUUGAUCCCUCAUGACUCCUGGGCUUUGAAACAGAUGACAGAUUCUUAAACUUAGGCUGAGAGAGUCAGUAUAAUCUAUUGCAUAUAUCUACAGUCAUUGCUUUUUUAUACUUACCUGUAGAUUUCGUUCCACUGAUUAUUUUUUAUUUUCAUUGGUUGUUUUUACUCUGUUCUUUGUGAAUCACUUAGUAACUUUGUUUAAGGCAAAUACAAGUGAUUAUUUUGGGUUUUUAUGCUUCAUUUGUCUUCUUGUGGACCUGCAACACCUCCCUCUACUCUGGACAAUGUCAGAUAACAGCUAAAAUAAUUAACUGGUUUUAAGAUCAACAAAAUGUUCAAAUGAUCCCCAAAAUAGUAAAUCUACAUUUUGUAUCAGUUAGGAAAAAAUACAUUUUGGUGAUACAUGUGCUACAAACUACAAAUGAAAUGUUCUAUGGACUCAUAAGAUACAAUAAUCAAGUGGAAGAAAUAGCAAGAGCAUAUAACAGUGCACUCCCAGAGAGAACAAGCCACUUUUUACAUUGUGUGUUACAACCAAAGAAUAAAUAAUUGCCAUGCAAA